UUUUUUACAGAAAAUUUUAUUUUUAUUUAUUUAUUUAAAUUAAUGUCGUCCUCUACUAAAAAAGAAUUUAAUAACAACAACAAAUUUAACUUACCCAAUGAAAUUAAAAAAGAUUACGGCUCUGCUGCAGCUUAUGUCCAUAAAUGGUCCCAAUCUGUUCGUUGGUGUAUGGCUCAACAGCAAAUGAUGGCUUCGUUUUUGACAAAUACUUUUUUGCAGCAACAGCAGACUGCAAUGUUAAUGCAACAACAACAAUCGCCUUCCCCAUUUUUACAAAGAGGGCAAACAAUUCGACUAAAUCUUACAAGAAUUUUUCGAACAGCUAGGGCAACGCCUAACAUUCCCCAAACAAUAAUUGUACAGCAAUUCGAAAUUCCCUCAUUUUUUCGACGUAUAGCUGCGGAGGCUAUUGAUUCUGUUAUUAUGUUUAUUUUCAAAUUUUUUCUUGUUUAUACGCUUGUGAGGGCUGAUCUUAUAGAACUGGAUACAUUUGAUAGUAUUUUAACUGCUAACGCUGAUCUUCAAACCUUGAUUGAUGUUACACAAGGACUUUUUAGUGUUGAAUUGUUAUUUAAACUUGUUACUGCGAUUAUUGAGGCUUUAUGUAUUUCUUUUGGUGUUCCAGUUGGUUGUACUCCUGGAAAACGGCUUCUUGGAAUUAAAAUAAUUUCUUGUUUGGAUGUUCAACCAGUUGCUGGAUCGCCUGAUCGAGUGGCUAUUACAGGCUUUGCUUAUGUUGAUUUUAAAAGGUUUAUAAUUUUUUUAAAAAAGUAG